AUGCCUGGAAAAGCGAGCGAUUGGGACAACGCCGAAUUCCUUCUUGACCUCGUUGUUGGCCUCUACACUGGCGCCCAGGUCAGCGGGGGCUUGACUCCUCCGGUCAAGUCGUCUAUUGAAGAGUAUAUCAAGGGGCGCGGAUAUACCACCUCUUUUGACGCCGUGCGAUCAUCUUCUCAACUUCUCAACAACACUGAGCAAACUGCGUUCUUGCUCAUCAACAUCCUCAUAACCCCCCUUCUCCAUCCUUUCCCUAUCAUCGUCGCCAUGGCCAAGCGUCAAGUCAUGCAGUGGGAUGCCAACGUCCACGAAGACAUCCUGAUCAGUCUCUUUCAACACAUGAAGCCAAGUGCUGAAGACUGGAGCAACGUCAUGGGUGAUCUUCAGCAAAAGGGCUACACCUUCACUGAGGGCGCUCUUCGACAAACACAUAAACCCCUCCCCUUCAUCAAACCGUCCAUCAACACCAUCGUCAUGGCUCCUCGCGCUGCUGCUGCUGGGGCUGGUAAACCCACUCGAGGCUGGGAUGCUGCCUCACAUGAGGACCUCCUCCUCGCUCUUCUCGAAGAGAUCAAGCCGAACAAGGCUGACCUUACCAACGUCGCCGCCAAGAUGCGCAGCAAGGGUUACUCCUAUUCCUACGACGCGAUCAACCAGCACGUCCAGAAGCUGCGCAAGAACCGCGACACCACCGCCAUCCAGAACUCUGGUGGCUCCGAGAAUGGUACUCCCCGCAAGCGCGCUCCCGGCACCAAGACGCCCGCCAAGCGCACUCCAUCCAAGCGUAAGGCCACUAAGUCGGCUUCCGUCGUCGACGAGGACGAGGAUCUUGAGGAUGAGAAGAUGCAGCUGAAGAUGGAGACGGACGACAUGGGGGGGGAACUCAUGUCUCCCCAGGGCGCAAAGCGCACCAAGUCCGAGCCUGAGGACGAGGUCACCGUUGGUGAGGUCUAG